AUGCCACCGAAGUCGAAGCUUGCAGCAUGUGUGAACUGCCGGCAGAUGAAGCUCAAGUGCGAUGCUCAUGAACUGUUUCCGGCCUGCUGUACUCGUUGUGAAAAGCAGGGCCUACGAUGCUCGAUCGAUCCUUCGUUUCGAAGGACAGCCAAGCGAGAGCGGUUCAAAGCACUCGAAAAGGAGGUCGAACGCUUGCAGAGCAAUCACACUGUUUCCGUGUCACCAUGUGCUUCUGUCGAGCCUGAGACUAAUGGCUUGCCGGACGCUGUCCCACCAAUACCCGUUCCUCUCCCAGAGUCGCUAUGGGUAGGCGAUGUUGAGAUUAGUACUUCGCUAGUCUGGGAACUUUUCGACAUAUACUAUCAGCACUACCAUCCAAGAUUCCCCGUUCUUUGUGGACGGGAAUGCUUACCCAACUGGUACAACAAAUGUCCGCUACUCCUUGGAACCACGCUCUGCGUAGCUGCAGAGAACAGAACCCAGUACGCUCCUCUGAGAGACAAGCUGGUGCCAAGCGUACAGCGACUCGCGAUGGACACCAUAGGGGCUGCCCGGAAUCCAUGUCUAACGGUUCAGGCUCUUCUGCUACUGUCGUGGUGGCCACUUAGUCUUGAUGCGAGCGUAUUGAAUCCGUCUUGGGCCUACUGCGGCCUCGCCACCCAUACUGCUUUGCAGUUCGGAUUACAUCGAUCACAGCGUCCAGGCGAUUUCCGAUAUGGGUUCGUCCCCAACGAGCAUUCUCGGAACGCGAUGAGCCGAACUUGGCUUGUUUCCUUCAUAGUAAACCAGAGUGUCAGCUCAUACUUGGGCGUACCAGCGACUACGCCUAUUGACCAUACUAUCCUUUCGGCGGUCGGAGGUACAGAAUCGUCGCUUUCACCCGUUUUACAACAAUACCUGGAGAUCGUUUACUACGACUACCAAUUCACUCAAGUUUUAGGCAACAGUGGUCUUUCUCCGACUGGCCAGACACCCGAUCCGUCUGGUCUUGUACAAUCCUUUGACAGGAAUCUGCACGCAUUGAACUUGAAACGCAGACUGGAGUGGAGCAACGCCACUGAAAUAGCAUUCCUGAAGACAAGGCUCAGUCUUCAGUGCUUUGCUUGCAGCAAGAUCUUGGGGCCAACUUCAAAGACCACAACACACCCCGAUCCGUGUAACACGACCGUCAUCUCUGAAGCCGAACGCUGUGCGGAGCGCAUCAUCACCCUCGCGUCGCGAGAGCUUGAGCUGGUUGAGCAAGCGUCCAGCGACGUCAGAACUGCCAUGACGAAGUCCAUCUUCUUUCUCUUGAAGCUUUCCGCAACGAAGCACUCUACUGUGAACCAGGACCUGGUCAAAGACUCUUUACGACAAGCGUGGAAUGCAUACCGUAAAGCAUCUGUGCGACGAACAGACCAAUACGCCAGGAUCUGUGCAAUCAUAGAGUACCUGAGUGGAGUUGGAGGGCAGGAUCACGAAUUCACUACGACGAUGCAGGUCGAAUCCAGGAUAGGCGCCAACUUCUCAUACGACACAGCUUGGGCAGCGAGGGCACGCUUUCCUAAGCAUGUGGUUGAUAUGAGACCACUUGAUUACACAGCGGCUGCAGAAAGCCAACAGCCUUUGGCAGCACCAGGUGAUCAACCUGAGGACCUGCUUAUGGAUCCAGAUUUGAUGGCUGAUCUCUUCGGGUCGGAUCUGCUUGGAUGGGAUUUCAAUGAGCUGCACGCCAGAUGA